GCUGAUUUUUUGAAAAUGACAUCUCUUGCUCACUCUGCCUGGACCUCCAACGGAAGCACAAUGGCGUUACUUCUGACCGUGCUGGCAGGUGUCCUCUGCCUCAUGAGCGCCUCCUCAGAAGUCACACCUCAGCCCAACUUCGAUGCACAAGGGAUGGCUGGAAAAUGGUACCUGAUUGGAUUUGCCACAAACGCCGAGUGGUUUAUCAACCGCAGAGCCAGCAUGAAAAUGGGUACAGCAAUGUUUACCCCGACUGCCGAGGGGGACCUGGACAUGUCCUACGCCAGUCUCAGCCCAGAUGGCUCAUGUUGGAGACUGAACAACUUGGCGAGGAAGACAAAUGCGCUGGGAAGGUUCCAAUACACAAGUGAGCGCUGGGAGAAUCAGAAUGAAAUGUACAUGGUGGACGUCAAGUACGAUGAGUACGCCCUCACACACACCAUCAAGACCAAGGGUGGCGAAAGCACGGUGGUUAACAAGCUAUAUGGUCGAGGGGUUGACCUCAGUCCUGAGGUGAAGGAGAAGUUCAAGCUGUUCUCCUUGGAAACUGGGAUCCUACCAGAAAACAUUGCUUUCCUUCCCAAGAACGGUGAAUGCCCAGCUGCAUGACUUCCUCUCAAGACACUGAGAUUAAAGCGUCACUCUUACCAGAAGGCACUUGAGUCUUUAAAAAAAUAUGAAAAAUAAAAUGUCAAAGAAGUAAAAUA